AAACCCAAAUGAUUACUUAUGGCUCUAUCAAAAUACACAAGCAAACGAGGAUAAUAAUCCUCCUCUCCACAGCAAUUCAGCAGAAAUAUUUCAUUAAGUCUAUCGAAAUGGAUUUAGAAGCUAUGGAACAUACACGGCGCAAAAAUGAUGUAAUGCAGAAUAUAUGCCGACCCAAAACAGAAGUAUGUUGCCGCAAAAGUUUCCCUGUUACCAUCUUAGAUGUCGAAAAUCUCGGUGCCACUUCUUUGUAUGUUAAGUGGACUAUCCACGACUGUUAUGGUAUCGCUGGCUACGAGAUCUUUGUCGAUGGCCAUUUGACAAAUCGUUAUUAUCACAGCAGACAUGAAGCGGCUGUGGUGUGUAAUGUCGACAUCACCAGGCCUCACAAAAUAGCCCUGGUGGCUCAGCCGCUUGACAUGAAUGAUGACAGUUUGGCAAUGUUAUGCAAAUCCAACAAAAGCAAAAAUAGAUGUAAACCUCUUGCAUGGAAUACUCCAAUAUCAUCUGCAGAUACAAACAGAUACAGUCUUUGGACUCCCAGUAUUUAUCUAUACCAUCCUGCUGAAUAUCAAACCUUAUAGACGCUUGCUAUAACAUAAGCCACAAGCCAUCCAAUGGGCAGUUGAAGAGAAAAUAGAAGGUGUACCAGAAAAAACAAAAUGAGAACCCAACCCCUCUCGAAUACCCAAAACCUAGAAUUUUUAUAGUUUUAAGCAAUGCUAGUCAAAAAGUCCAAGUUUUCUAUCACACCGAAGAUCACAAAUUGAAAGGCAGCAGCAGUAGCAGUACUAAUGAACCCCCUUAUUGACCUCCCCACAAAAUCAUCGGAGCACUACUGCAUGAGAUUGUCAUGUCAAGCAGGCCAGGUUUAUUGUUAGCGAAGUUAUUAUGUAAAAUGUUAAAAAAAAAAUGAAGAAAAAAAAAAUCAAAUUCUUAUGCCUAUAAAUUAAAACACGAAUGUAUGCAGCAAGCGGCGUGUUGGUGUGUCAUGCAUAAGAACAACAACAAUGUGGUGAGAUGUACAAAGAGAUAUGGAAACCGUUGAACUAAACUCAAAACCAUUUAUUAAUUAGUUAAUUCACUAACUAACUGACUAACUAACUAGCUAACGGUAAAAACCAAACUAUAAUUUUAUUUAUUCGAACAAUCAUUUCGGAAAGUGCCUUAAAUUGUUGUUAAUUAUGGAGUAUCACAAAAACUGU